UGGCUGAUCUAGGCGUCUUAUCUCAGCUACUGGCUGGGCUAGGGCUUCCUGCUGCUGCGGUUGGUAGUGGAUCUCGGCCGGUAGGUCCUGCUGUACGGGGGUGACGGACCGCCCGUGCAUCGCGCCCUCCGGCGCGUCUGAGCCCCAGUCCCCCUAGGUCUUCUGCUAGCUCUAGGAGGGGGCGCUUUGCUGCCCGCAUUGCCUACUCAGCUGUAAUUUCGGCCCCUGGUGCGGCAGUGGCCGUGGCCCGGGCCGUAGCUCCGCCCCUUCCGGGUCAUGUGUCACAGGAAGCUGUGGGGAUUUCUUCAGCUGCUUCGCGCGCUUCCCUGCAGGUCCCGGCAGUCCCAGGUACUUCAGGGCGGCCUGCUGUAGUUUCCCGACCAGAAUUAACCCCUGCAUUGCCAGCGGUUAUGGGUGCUGGUGCCCCUGCUCCCUCUCAUGCCUCUUCCUCUGCUGAGGAAAUACCUGAUACCCCAAUUGCCACGGCCCGUGUUCCCAUUAGACCCCAGGGUGUUCCUGUACUGCCUGGGGACCCUCAGCAGCCACCUCUCCUAGGGGGUAGUAGCAUUGAUCCUCCUUAUGAGGAUGCUUGUGAUAAUUUGGGGCCCCAAUCUGAUGAUCUGCCACCUUUAGAUGCUACAGCUAGUUCCCCUUUGCUUUUUGUUGAUAAUAUGCGGCAAGUCAGUCAGCCACCGCGUGACCGAGUACUUCAUAGGUCAGAGGGCCGUUCCCUUCGUAGGUCAGAGGGCCGUUGUCUUUGCAGCUGGAUGUUGGUUGGGGUGUUAAGGCGACCGAUGUUUGGUUGCGUUUGAUGAUGGCUCAGAAGGCGCAGCCCUUUCAGCAGGGAGCCGCUGGUCAAACCGGGACCACCGGGCCGGCGGCCGUGCGUCGACCCGGUGCUUGCUUGUUAUUUAACGAGGGACAUUGUCGUAUCCUCAGCUUGUGUAAAUACAAGCAUGAGUGUUCUGCCUGCGGGGGGUCCCACGCCGCAGUCAGGUGUCAGCGGGCUGCUAAGCAGACCGGCCGGGCGCCCUCUGCUGCUGCAGGGAAGGACCCCGGUGAACGUGGACAUGAUGUGCCCGUCGUUAGACCAGUACCCCAAUAAGGAGGAUGCUUUAGUUUUAUUAGAGGGUUUUCGUUAUGGUUUCUUUAUUCCUUUUAUUUUGGGUCAGGUUUCUUCCUCCUACCCUGACAACUUGAAAUCGGCCAGGGAGUACCCUGAGGUGCUGCGGGAGAAAAUUGGUAAGGAAGUUUCUUUAGGUCGUUUUGAGGGGCCUUUUAUGUCCCCCCCUUUUUAUAAUUUGCGGGUUUCCCCCCUUGGGGUUGUCCCGAAGAAAGAGGUCGGGAAGUUUUGCCUGAUUCACCACCUUUCGUAUCCGAAAGGUUCCUCGGUGAAUGAUGGCAUUUCUAGGGAGGAUGCAACGGUUUCUUAUGUUUCCUUUGACCGGGCGGUGGCCCUGGUUAGGGGGUUUGGGGAAGGGGCGUUGAUGGCGAAGUCGGACAUCGAAUCGGCUUUUCGCCUGUUGCCGGUGCAUCCGGAAUGCUAUCACUUACUGGGUUGCCGUGUGGAUGGGGCCUUUUAUUAUGAUGUUUGCCUGCCUAUGGGUUGUGCUAUUUCUUGUCGGUAUUUUGAGAUGUUUGGAUCAUUUUUGGAGUGGGUUGUUCGCUUUGAGACGGGCAGCCGUUCGGUUAUUCACUAUCUGGAUGAUUUCUUGUUUGUUGGCCCGGCUGGGUCUCCCAGAUGUGGUUUUUUGUUGGAUUCUUUUCGUUUUUUCAUGUUGAAGUUUGGGGUGCCUUUGUCCGCUGAGAAGACAGAGGGCCCUUCAACGGUUAUUUCGUUUUUGGGUAUAGAAAUAGAUUCUGUGGCCAUGGUUUUUAGACUACCGGCGGAGAAAUUGGAGAGUUUGCUCUUGUUGGUUGAAAGUUUUUGUGGUGUACGAAAAGUGACGCUGUGGCAAUUGCAGGUUUUAUUGGGACACUUGGUUUUUGCUUUCCGUGUUAUGCCCAUGGGGCGUGUUAUUUCUAGGCGCUUGUCAUUGGCCACCAAGGGCGUUUCCUGCCCUUCUCAUCAUAUUCGCAUUUCAAGGCAAAUGCGUGCGGAUGUUUUGAUGUGGAGAGAAUUUUUGAGACGGUAUAAUGGUCACACGUGUUGGUUGGGGGAUGAGUUGUCCAAUGCUGAGCUUCAAUUGUUCACGGAUGCGGCUGGCUCCGUGGGUUUUGGUGCCUUUUUUCAAGGGGAAUGGUGUGCGGAGUUGUGGCCGCCUGAGUGGCAGGCUAAUGGUUGGUGCAGGAACCUCACCCUGCUUGAAUUGUUUCCUAUUAUAGUUGCUGUGGAGUUGUGGGGUGUACGAUUUAGCAAUAGGCGGGUUUGUUUUUGGACGGAUAAUCUGAGUGUGGUUCAUUGCAUAAAUGGUUUGUCUUCUUCCUCCCUUCCUGUUUUGUCUUUGAUCAGGCAUUUGGUUCUUCGGUGUUUGGAGUUGAACAUUUGGUUUAAAGCUCGCCAUGUAGCUGGGGUUGAUAACGUGAUUGCUGAUUCCCUUUCUCGUUUUCAGUUUCAGGAUUUUCGGAGGAUGUGUCCGGAUGCUGCGUUGGAAGGGCUCCCUUGCCCCCCCAUUGGUCUGGGCCCUGCCGAGCAACGUCUGAUCCCACUGGUUGAAUCAUCGCUGGCGGCAUCUACAUGGGCGGGACAUGAUGUGCAGAGGACGAUGGUUUAUUUCCUGGGCCACUCUUAUUUCCACCGGGCCGCGCAGAGAGAGGAUUGCCGGCCGGGUGGGAGAUCGUUGGGAUGCGGCAAUGUUGAGCCUCACUGGAGAGGGAUCCCAGGUAUGCGUUGGACACGGAUCCUUACUGAAGUGGUGGACAUUGCUAGAACCGUCCGUUCCGGUGUCAUUUUGGUGGUGCAUGCGGGCGGGAAUGAUCUCUGUUAUUUCCGGGUUCCUGAUCUGAUUACUUUGAUGAAAGCCGAUGUUGAACGGUUUUCUGGGUUUUUUCCCGAUUUAGUCUUAGUAUGGUCCGAGAUAGUGCCUAGAGUAUCCUGGCAGGGUGCUCGCAAUGCUGAGGCCAUCGAGCGUUCACGGCGUUUGGUGAAUUCUCGUAUGGCCCGGUUUGUGCGACAGAAGGGUGGAGUGGUGGUCCGUCAUCGGGAGCUUGAAGGUGAUAACAGACGGUUUAUGAUCUCUGAUGGGGUUCACUUGAAUGAUAUAGGCCUAGACAUCUUCUUGUCGGGCUUACAAGAUGGUUUGGAGCAGGCCUUGUUUUUGCUUGGUGGGGGUCGGAGCACCGUGUAG